CGACAGAGUUCCGCAUUGUUUACCUCGCUGGCUAUAACACCUUAGCUAAACUCCAAUUAUUGUAAUAAAAAUAGUAAACAAAUCUAUUUGAAACAUGACUGCUGUACCGCCCCCUUCUAACAUCUCCACACUGAUGCCCCUGGAAUUGGUGGACAAAUGCAUUGGCUCCCGCAUCCACAUAAUCAUGAAGAACGACAAGGAGAUGGUGGGCACCCUCCUGGGAUUCGAUGACUUCGUGAACAUGCUCCUGGACGAUGUUACGGAAUACGAGAAUACGCCCGAUGGCCGCCGCAUCACCAAACUGGAUCAGAUUCUGCUCAAUGGCAACAACAUUACAAUGCUGGUGCCUGGUGGCGAAUUGGCGGAGUAGCAAGGUUCCAUUUGUAAACAUAAAUACAAUUGUAAAAUAUCAAAA